CAAUAAUUAUAAUUUGGCACUUCCUGUCCCAAAUAUCAUCUUUCUUGGGACAUAACGGGUAUUAUGACUCCCGGAAAAAGUAUCAUUCUAUAUAUCAUAACAUUGAGAACAAAACGUACACGCUAAUUUUUGUGAUUUCUAUAUUUUACAUUUACAAUUUUACAUUACUUUCAGAUAUGUAAUACAUCUUCCUUUUCGAUAUGAUUAUUAAAUUUAAAAUUUUAUUUUCAAUACAAAUUAUACUAAAAGUAAAAAUUUAAACUGUACAAUAAUGUGUAACAAAUGGUAUAGACGCGAUAUGGGGCGGGAAUUUCGAAGAAAUUAUAUCAAUUGCUUUCGACAAUCACGUUCUCACUUUUUUAACGAAUCUUUUUCUGUCAUCGACUUAAAAAUAUCUAAAUCUUGUAAUGGUUGAUAAUUAACCAAGGAUUUAUCCAUCUGAUCACUAAAAGCCGCCAUUAACUAUCCGGAUACAUGUCUCACCAAUCGCCGAAAGAAUUAAUCGUAUGAUGACGUCUAAACCUUCCUCCCAAGGUGUUGAAAGACUUCCUUUUAGGCCAGAGGGCUACAACUUUUGGACAUGGCGAGGAAGAAACAUACACUAUGUUGUGGAAGGAGAAGGGACCCCAAUUGUUCUACUUCAUGGACUCGGUGGUUCUGCAUUUCAUUGGAGGUAUAACAUCCCAGAAUUGGGUAAAAGGUACAAAGUUUUUGCCUUGGAUUUACUGGGUUUUGGCUGGAGCGAGAAACCAAUCAUCGAUUAUGAUGCUUUAGUCUGGAGGGAUCAGGUUGUGGAUUUUGUGAAGGAGGUUGUCCAAGAACCAGCUGUUUUAGUAGGUAACAGUCUUGGAGGUUCCACUGCUUUAUUGGCAGCAACAGUGUUGCAAGACCAAGUCAGAGGAGUUUCAUUAUUGAACACAGAUGGAGUAUUUGGGGAUCCCAAAUCCGACGACAAAGAAUCUGAUGACUCAUUUUUGCACAAAUAUAUUCUGACUCCGUUUGAAGGAGUUUUUCGGCUUCUAUGCCUUGGAUGUGUGUUCUGGCCGUUGAAGCAGCGAUGGAGUGUUAAAUGUCUCUUAAAGACUAUUUAUAAAGAUUCGUCAAACGUAGAUGACUAUCUCAUUGAUUCAGUCACGAUGCCAGCUGCUGACCCGAAUGCAGGCCAAGUGCAUUACAACGCAUUGAGAAGAUUCUUUGUGGACCAGAAGAAGUACACACUUAACAGUGUCUUGACCCGACUCUCAUGUCCACUGCUAUUGGUUUGGGGUGAAUUGGACACAUCGAUUCCGCCAGCCAAGGCAGUUCGUAUCAAGGAGUUCUAUCCGAAAACCACCAUUGUUUUGGUACAUGCUGGGCAUUGUCCCCACGAUGAGGCUCCUGAACCUGUCAAUAGGGCUUUGUCAGAUUGGGUUUCGACUUUGACAUCUACAACAAUUGGAACACCAUGAACUCCCCGAGUUACGCAAUAAUACUAUGCAGUUAUAGACCAUAGAGCAUUGUCAAAUGGAUGUACUGUUGGUGAGUCCCCGUUACCGUAGUUUGAUCUUGUUGAUCAUGAACUAUGAUAAAUACUCCCCCGCCCCCAUUGCUUAAGGUUAUCAAAAUGUUUCAACUGUCAACUUUUGUCAACAACAUCGUCGUGUGGAUCGUCGGGCUAUUGAAUCCAUUCAUUCACUGAACAUGUGGAUAGUGAACACGCCAAUUUGCGCAAGUCCACAAAAGUUUUUGUGGAAGAAUAUUGCAUAUCGUCGAGUUAAGCGUUGGCAUAAAUAUCUCGACUAAUAAGUCGACGAAAUUCUUCGAGUAGAAUUUCAAAUUUCGUCGACUUGAGUUCGGCCUAGAAACUCGACGAAUAAGUCGACGAAUGUCAUUGUAGAAGGAUUUCAACCCUCGUUGACUUAAGAGUCCGCCUAAAUAACUCGACGAUUAAGUCGACUGAAUAUUUUGUAGAAGAAUUUUACAUCUUGUUGGCCUGAGUAAGUCGAUG